UAACACUAACCAUUAGCCACAGAUAACAUUAGAAUCACACAAAUUAUGGAACAGCUCAAACCAAGUCCACCAAAUUCAAGCCCUCUUACUCCUCUUACCUUCUUGGAAAGAGCUGCCACUAUCUAUGCAGAUUGCCCUUCCAUUAUCUACAAUAACACUACCUACACUUGGUCGCAGACCUGCACCCGGUGCCUUAAACUCGCCUCUUCUAUUGCCUCUCUAAUUGGCACUCACGGAAACCAUGUCGUUUCCGUGGUUGCCCCUAACAUACCCGCUAUGUACGAACUUCAUUUCGCUGUUCCCAUGGCGGGUGCUGUCGUUAACACAAUCAAUCUCCGUCUUGAUGCCCGUACUGUCUCUAUCCUCCUCCAACACAGCGAAACAAAGCUCGUGUUUGUGGAUUGCCAAUCCAUAUCUUUAGUUCUCGAAGCUUUAUCGUUGUUUUCACGGGUAUCUAACCGUCCACUCCUCGUUCUCAUCGAAGACGACGAGUUCAGGACUCUACAAACUAGUGAAUAUAUCAGCACGUAUGAGAAGUUGGUGGAAAAAGGUGAUUCGGGGUUCAACUGGAUCCGUCCGAAAAGUGAAUUUGACCCGAUUACGAUGAAUUACACUUCAGGAACUACCUCUGCCCCGAAAGGUGUGGUUCAUAGCCAUAGGGGUAUUUUUAUAGUUUCGUUGGAUUCUUUGAUAGAAUGGUCCGUUGAAAAACAGCCGGUUUUUUUAUGGACACUUCCUAUGUUUCAUGCAAAUGGUUGGAGUUAUCCUUGGGGUAUGGCAGCAGUUGGUGGAACUAAUAUCUGUUUGAGAAAAUUCGACGGAAAAAUCAUUUAUGAAUCAAUUGAGAAAUACAAUGUGACUCAUAUGUGUGCUGCACCUGUUGUACUCAACAUGUUGUCGAAUGCACCGAACAAGAAGCCGUUAAAACAUGCUGUUUAUAUAAUGACAGCUGGGUCACCACCCCCUUCAUCUGUCCUGUUUCGAACAGAGUCCCUAGGGUUCGUAAUACAUCAUGGAUAUGGAUUGACAGAAACCGGUGGACUAGUGAUUUCUUGUACAUGGAAAAAUCAGUGGAAUAGAUUGCCAGCAAUGGAACGAGCAAGGCUGAAAUCAAGACAAGGGGUGCGGACCAUAGGGAUGACAGAAGUAGAUGUGAUUGAUCCAGAAUCUGGAGUCAGUGUGAAACGCGACGGCUCAACUUUAGGUGAAAUUGUCCUGAGAGGUGGAUGUGUCAUGUUAGGUUACCUUAAAGACCCCGAAGGAACAUCAAAAUGCAUGAAGAAUGACGGCUGGUUUUACACUGGGGAUGUCUCGGUUAUGCACCCUGACGGGUACUUAGAAAUUAAGGACCGGUCGAAAGAUGUUAUUAUAAGUGGUGGAGAGAAUUUAAGCAGCGUUGAAGUGGAAUCGGUGUUGUAUGCACAUCCAGCGAUAAAUGAAGCAGCAGUAGUGGCACGACCUGAUGAAUUUUGGGGAGAAACACCGUGUGCAUUUGUUAGCUUGAAUGGUAAAGUAAAGACAAGUGAAAAAGAUAUUAUAGAGUUUUGUAGAGCAAAAUUACCACGUUAUAUGGUGCCCAAAACUGUGAUUUUCAAAGAAGAGCUUCCAAAGACAUCAACUGGGAAAAUUCAAAAGUUUGUGCUUAGAGAUAUAGCUAAAAGUAUGGGGAAAACAAGCAGCAUGAAGAUGAGCAGAAUGUAAAAAUGAGUUAACUCGACCUGGUUGUGUCAAUGACUAGGUUCAACUCAUUUGGAUUCUAUACUAGUACCAAGUGUUUAUCAAACAGAACUGUGCAUCUGAUUUUGUUUUUUCACUUCAGUAUUGUGUGGACAAAGACAAACCAAGGAAAAAACACAAGAAUGUGAAUGUGACAAAUGCGUAUGGUUGUUAAAUUGUAAGUCCUAUACGACGUGAUGGUUUGAAUAAUUUAGGCCAAUAAUUUAUGACUCCUAAUUUCUAGUCUGUA